AUGCUAGAAAGGUUGAUGUGUGGCUAUUUCACAGCGACCGCGCACAGUAGAUUAGGCGAAGUGAGGGGUGUGGUGACCGACAUUGGCGUGGAUGCAGGGCUGUGGCCAGCGCCAAGUACAGUGGCGGACCUGCUUGCACCACUCCCGCUCGAGAGCAAAGCCAGCUUCUUGGCGUCUCAAGAUGGGAACCUCCCUGACGUACAGUAUGCGGAAGAUCGAGGAAAGUCUGCUCAAGUUGCUUCCGCACAUUGGCCAAGGGAAGCUGUGCUCGAUGCAGUCUGA